AUGGCCAUGAUUGACGUCUCGCGGCAGACGAGGUCGCUCCUACGGGACGCGACUGCGUUGGAUCAUCUGCCCCCGGAUUUGCUCGACAUUAUCCGGAACACCUCGUCGACAAACCUCAUGGAUGCCGUCUCACAGGCGGCGCUCAUCCCGCGACUUACAGAGCGAGUCUUUGUGCACUUUGAGGACGCUUUUCCCGACCUCUGCGCACGCUGGAUUCUCAACGCAGGCAACGAUACAUCUCGUCAAAUACGAAUCUCAUCCGCCUUUGCCCGUAUAUUACCAUUUGCCCCAUAUCUUUCAAAUUUCCUCACGGCUUCUGCCGGUGAGACACCGACGGGGAACCAACCCCCAGCACUACGACUGCGACUCCCCAAAUUGGACGAGACUGCAUCGCCCAACCUGAGCACAGACAGCUUGCUAGAGAGCCUCGUGACGGCAUGGAGGCUCUUGAGCUUUGACCCACGGACAUUUACCCCCUUGGUUUCGCCGACAUAUGUGCAGAAUCUGUUCAGCCACGAUAGCCGGGCGGUGCGAUAUGUGGCGAUUCGCAUCUUCUGCCAGCUGCUCCACGCUUCCGACUUCAAGCUCGAGACCUUGGUCGAUGCGCACGUUGGAAAAGACGAAGCCGUCAUUGCCGAUCUGGACGGAAGACCCAUUGACUUCGGGUUCCUGUCGCUUCAUGAAAAUGACCGAGCCAAGGCAGUUGUCGCAUUACGAAGCGAAGUCACACAUGACGAGGAGAGCAUUGAUGCGGCCACCCAGGUACAUAGUGUUACCCCGUACGUCGUGUCAUACGGAAGAACCCUCCUGCCUCGCCCACACGGUCCCAUUGGCGACCCAUCGAGCCUUGUGAUGACAGCGACGACCACCAAGAAUCUCGAGAACCUGGCCUCAAUGCUUCGAGAAUCAGACCCAGUCCUUCUGCACGGCCUUCCGGGUGUCGGCAAGACUGCUUUGAUCCACGAAGUAGCUCGCCAACUGGGCAUGUACUCCAGCAUGGUCACGUUGCAUCUGAACGAAGAGACCGACGCAAAGAUGCUCAUUGGCUUGUACUCGACGGACUCCAAGCCAGGAAGCUUCCAGUGGAGGCCGGGCGUCCUGACUACCGCCGUUAGGGAGGGCCGAUGGGUGCUGGUGGAGGAUCUUGAUCGGGCACCGACAGAGGUUCUCAGCACCCUGUUGCCACUGAUUGAGCGAAAGGAACUGCUCAUUCCAAGCCGCGGAGAGAGAAUACGAGCCGCCAACAGCUUCCGCCUCUUCGCUACCGUCCGGACAUCCCGUGGCAUGAAUGGCCGAGAGAACCUACCGAGCCUGGUGGGAAUGCGUUUCUGGAAAUCACUGUCCACGGAACCCCUCACGCAGCCAGAGCUUGAGGAUGUGGUGCUGCAAACAUACCCCAUGCUGCGGAAGUUUGUCCCCGGAAUUCUGGCUGUUCACCGGCGUCUGUCUCAGAUGGGUAACAGCCCGGCUCUCAUGUCUCGUGGGCGGAGCGUGAUGGAUCGACAGAUGAACUUGAGAGACCUCCUCAAGUGGUGUCGGAGACUGAGAGAGUGUCUCCUUACAGCGGGAUCAACAUCUGGAGAUGAACCCAUCAGCGAAACCACUCGAGACUGGAUGUUUAUGGAGGCGCUCGACUGCUUCGUCGGAAGUUGCCCAGACAUCGAGCUGGGCAAGAGUCUGGUUUAUGCGAUUGCUGAAGAGAUGCACAUGUCCAAAGAACGGGCGGACCACUACCUGUCCGCCAAUAUACCCCCUUUGGAAGAGAGCGAUCUCAGUUUCAGAAUCGGGCGCGCCCAACUGAGAAAAAAGAGAACGACUCGACUGCAAAAGUCGAAGCGACCAUUUGCGAGCACGGCACACGCCAAGAGACUUCUGGAGCAGAUUGCCGUGGCAGUGAAGCUGCAGGAGCCAGUGCUGUUGGUAGGCGAGACGGGUAUCGGCAAGACCACAGUCGUACAGCAAUUGGCAGAAUCUCUGGGACAUAAGCUCAUUGCCGUCAACCUCUCCCAACAGAGCGAGGUUGGUGAUUUGCUAGGUGGCUUCAAACCCGUCAAUGUCCGGAGCCUCGCAGUCCCCCUGAAAGAAGAAUUCGAGGACCUUUUCUCGGCCACCGGCAUUUCUGCCUCGAAGAACCAGAAGUAUUUGGAGCAGGUUGGCAAAUGCGUCGCCAAAGGACAGUGGUCGAAACUGUCUAAGCUAUGGAAAGAAGCCCCGAAAAUGUUUGUCAAAAUCAUUACGGAACUUGAGCGGAUGCAUUCGGAGGCGCGAGACGACGAUGCGCAGCCCACCAAGCGUCGAAAGACCCAGUCAAAGUUGCAGACGCUCUUGGAACUGCGGCCGCGGUGGGACUCGUUUGCUCGCAGCCUCGAGCAAUUCGACAUGCAGAUUUCCGGGGGCUCCGGGGCCUUUGCGUUCUCCUUUGUUGAGGGGAACCUUGUCAAGGCUGUGCGCAACGGCGACUGGGUGCUCUUGGACGAGAUCAACCUGGCCUCUCCCGAUACGCUGGAAAGUAUUGCCGAUCUGUUGACUGGCCCCGAUGAGCGUCCAUGCAUCCUGCUUUCCGAGACGGGAGAGAUUGAGAAGAUCGUGGCGCACCCCAACUUCCGCAUCUUCGGCGCGAUGAACCCGGCAACAGAUAUUGGGAAGAGAGACCUGCCCGUUGGCAUACGUUCGCGAUUCACAGAGCUCUACGUCAAGAGCCCCGACACAGAUCUCAAGGACCUGUUGACGAUCAUCAAAACCUACAUGGGGAGCACAAGCACGAAGCACGAUCAAGCGGCCGACGACAUUGCACGACUGUAUCUCAACACCAAGCGCAUGGCUGAGGAGAAAAGGCUGGUGGACGGAGCGAACGAGGUGCCUCACUUCAGCUUGCGAACUCUGACUCGAGUGCUCAGCUAUGUGAACACUAUUGCGCCACUUUAUGGCGUGCGUCGAGCGCUAUAUGAAGGCUUUUCCAUGGGGUUUCUGACCCUCCUCAAUCGCGACUCAGAGACGAUGCUUCUACCUCUCAUCUAUCACCACCUUCUCGAUAAACAUGGAGACCCCCACGCCCUCCUAUCUCAAACGCCCAAGCAUCCAAGCGACGGGAGACGCUAUGUCAAGUUUCAGAACCAGAACCGUGAUCGCCAGUACUGGCUCUUUCAAGGCGAGGAAAGCCCCGUCCAGAGGGAUGACUACAUCAUUACACCGUACGUCGAGCGGAAUCUGCUGAACUUGGUUCGCGCUACGUCUACGAGACGAUUCCCCAUCCUCAUCCAAGGUCCCACAUCUGCCGGAAAGACGAGCAUGAUCGAAUAUCUGGCCAACUUCACCGGCAACAAGUUUGUUCGUAUCAACAACCACGAGCACACGGACCUUCAAGAGUAUCUUGGCACGUAUGUGUCUGGUCCUGAUGGGAAACUGCGCUUCCAGGAAGGUCUGCUUGUUCAGGCCAUGAGACAGGGUCACUGGAUUGUUCUCGACGAGCUCAAUCUAGCGCCGACCGACGUCCUAGAAGCGCUGAACAGACUGCUGGACGACAAUCGCGAGCUUCUUAUCCCUGAGACCCAAGAAGUUGUUAGACCGCACGAGAACUUUAUUCUUUUCGCGACGCAAAAUCCGCCUGGUCUCUACGGUGGCCGCAAAGUGCUCUCCAGGGCCUUCAGAAACAGAUUCUUAGAGCUUCACUUCGAUGACAUUCCGGAGGACGAGCUGGAGUACAUUUUGCAGCAGCGCAGCCGCAACACGUCACCACCGGAUUGUCGACGCAUUGUCACCGUGUACAAGGAACUCUCGCGACUGCGCCAGACCAGCCGCUUGUUCGAACAAAAGGACAGUUUUGCGACACUGAGAGACUUGUUCCGGUGGGCUCUUCGUGAAGCAGAGACCAGAGACGAGAUUGCCUCUCACGGGUUCAUGCUUCUCGCCGAAAGAGUCAGGAACGAGGAAGAGAGGCUCGCAGUCAAGGAGGUGAUUGAGAGGGUCUUCAAAGUCAAGAUUGACCCUCAGCGCCUCUAUGCCGCAGACGUUGCACCAGAACUCAGACAUCUUACCAAGAAGCAAAAUACUCAGGGUGUUGUGUGGACUCAUGCCAUGCGGAGGCUGUAUGUGCUCGUUUUCAGAGCCCUGCAGAACAACGAGCCUGUGCUUUUGGUCGGCGAGACAGGCUGUGGCAAGACCACCGUCUGUCAGCUCCUUGCCGAAGCCCUUCACCAAGAGUUGCAUAUCGUGAACGCCCACCAAAACACCGAGACCGGAGACCUGAUCGGCUCGCAAAGGCCCAUCCGCAACCGCGGUGCAAUACUUGAGGCCUUGGACGCGGACCUCCGAUCCAUUUUUGAGGUCUUGGGCGUGGAUGCCACAGGUUCGGUGGAUGAAAAGCUUGCAGCUUACAAGGCCCUUGAACCGUCGUCUCUCGCAGCGGUUCCCAUCGAAGUCGUUGAACGCGUUGCUACAAAUCAAACGAGAGCCAAAGCCCUUUUUGAGUGGUCGGACGGCGCCCUGGUCGAGGCUAUGCGCGGUGGUCACUUCUUCCUUCUCGACGAGAUCUCACUCGCCGAUGAUUCGGUUUUGGAACGCCUCAACUCGGUUCUUGAGCCGCAGCGCACGCUCCUCUUAGCCGAGAAGGGCAUAGACAACUCGUUCGUCGUCGGGUCCGAGGGCUUCCAGUUCUUUGCCACCAUGAAUCCCGGCGGCGACUUCGGCAAGAAGGAGUUGUCCCCUGCGCUUCGCAACCGUUUCACGGAAAUUUGGGUCCCUCCUCUAUCAGAGAGUGACGACAUCUACGACAUCGUGCGGACUAAACUUGCCGAUGGAUCUAAGCAUCUCGUAGAUGCUAUGGUUCAGUUCGCAGCGUGGUUCGGUGACACGUUCAGGUCAAUGGCCACCACCCCGUUUUCAGUCCGAGAGAUCCUCGGUUGGGUGCAGUUCAUUAAUACGUUUGAGACCAAGGAUCCGGUGGUGUCUCUCGUCCAUGGAGCGUCAGCUAUCUUCAUUGAUAGCAUCGGCGCCAACCCCUCGGCUAUGCUAGCGACAGACCUCAAGUCUAUCAAUCAACAGAGAAUGGCGUGUCUUGUCAGGCUUGGGCAGCUUCUCGAUCGCGACAUAUCCUCUACGUAUGACUCGGAGCCCGAGCUAGUCAUGAGAGACAACUUGCUUUCUAUUGGCAGUUUUAGCACGCCCCGUACCCCGACAGGUGCGACGGACCCGGGCUUCGCAUUCCAUGCACCGACCACCAGACUCAACGCCAUGCGAGUCGUGCGGGCGCUACAAAUGCGCAAGCCGAUUCUUCUCGAGGGAAGCCCCGGUGUAGGAAAGACAUCUCUGGUGGCAGCUUUGUCACAAGCUUGUGGACGACCACUCACGCGCAUCAACUUGUCCGACCAGACUGAUUUGAUGGAUCUCUUUGGUACUGACGUUCCGGUCGAAGGCGAAGAAGCAGGCAAUUUUGCCUGGAGAGAUGCACCGUUCCUGCAGGCAAUGCAGAAGGGUGAGUGGGUGCUUCUGGACGAGAUGAAUCUCGCGUCCCAGUCCGUUCUAGAGGGUCUGAACGCCUGUUUGGAUCACCGUGGCGAGGUCUACAUUUCUGAACUCGACCAAGUCUUCAAGCGACAUUCCGACUUUCGACUCUUUGCGGCACAGAACCCUCACCAUCAAGGCGGCGGUCGCAAGGGUCUCCCGGCAUCCUUUGUCAAUCGCUUUAUCGUGGUCUACGCCGAUGUUCUCAAGGAUGAAGAUCUCAAGCUGAUCGCGUCCCACAACUUCCCCAAGCUCUCUGCUGAGGUUGUCGGCCAUCUGAUCGACUUCGUCUCGGAAAUAGACCACCAGCUUGUUGUGGAGAAGUCGUUUGGCGUACAGGGCGGGCCCUGGGAGUUCAACUUGCGUGACGUCCUACGCUGGUUGAACCUGCUCAAUUCAACCGACCCUCUACUUCAGACCGCACGGGUGGACGACUUCCUGGACAUCCUCGUGCGCCAACGAUUCCGCACCGAAAAGGACCGCGCAGAAGUGAACAAGCUUUUCACCCGAGUCGUGGGUUGGGCGCCCCGAUCGCACCACCUGUACCACGACACCAAUUCAAGAUUCGGGCAGGUCGGUCUGGCUCUGCUUCGAAGGAACCUUAACUCUCAACCCGAGCGGCUACCCACCCUCGAUGUCGUCCCCAGGCUUUCGGAGCUAGAGUCUGUCAUGAUUUGCGUGGAACAAAACAUCCCCUGCAUUCUUAGCAGCACGUCAGGGUUUGGGAAAUCGACUCUUCUGCGAUUCGUGGCCGCCAUGGCAGGAAAACCUCUUGUUGUCUUCCCGAUGAAUGCCGACAUUGAUACGAUGGACUUGGUGGGCGGGUUUGAGCAGGCUGACCCGCUGCGAGAGAUCAACGCGACUCUUCGAGACUUGAACGCCUUCCUCCAAGAAUCCGCCAUGUCACUGGCCCCGGCCGCAGUGCCGGCUGAAGUAUUGCGACUGUUACAGCUGCUUGAAAGCUUCUCUGGGCAUACGCACGAAAUUGCAGCCAUACAUGACGCCGUUGAGACUCUCUUGACACAAGUUUCUAUCAACUCUGAUGUUGGCGUUUCGCUCUCUAAGGCGGUUGAACUCCUUCGAGGCCCGCUUGCUCUUGAUAAUCCUCGUUUCGAGUGGCUCGAUGGAGUCAUUGUCAAAGCCCUCGAGACCGGGCAGUGGCUGGUCCUGGACAACGCCAACAUGUGUAAUGCUUCUGUUCUGGACCGACUCAAUUCACUUCUGGAGCCAAACGGCUUCCUGAGCAUCAACGAGCACUGCGACUCAGACGGGAAGCCUAGAGUCAUCCGACCACACCCCGAGUUCAGAAUCUUUUUGACAAUGGAUCCACGCUAUGGAGAGCUGUCACGGGCGAUGCGAAAUCGUGCUAUCGAGAUACAUAUCAACACACCGCCUCCAGCCAUGGACCCCUGCUUUGAUCGGAUGUCCAGCAUUGAAAGUGGGCUUCAAAGAUUCCGAGAAUCGCGGGAACUGUGCCAGGAGUUUGCUUCAGAGGUAGCUAUCUCUCGAGUGGCCGUCGACAACCUUUCACUGCAAGAUGUGUCCCUCUUACCCCGAUUUGUCAAUGAGCCAGGCAGGGUCGUCCAGGACGGGAAGUCGCUUCAGGCGAUGCAAGACAUCCUUGAAUUCUUGCAUUCAAAUACCGGGUCUGACACCCUGCGUGCGAUCAUAAGGGUGUAUUCGACUAUUCCCCAGGCGGCGUCAACCGGCCUUUCGACCGUUCAGCCCAUCCACAUGCUCAGCAACCCGGCUGUCUCGCAACUUCUUCCAAGCAGCGGUGAGCCUCAAUGGAUGGCGAUUCGAUACGGGUAUACCCGUACCCUUCACGGCCUUCGGGGUCUUAUCGAGGAGCAACGUGGGCAAGCUCGUUCCGCCAAGCUGGCGACAUUGAGUCGAUUGCAACGUUCUUUGAUCAGCGAUCGAGUUGCGGCUGUGUCCAAGGACUCGACGGUCAAAUUGGCCACGUUCAUGUCCGCUGUCAUUGGUACGGCACUUGAAUAUCUAGCCUCUGACUUCGGGUCGUUCGAAGCAUUCAGAGAGCGCGCCCACUUCUUGCGCCUCAUCUGCCUCUACAUUGAACGAACCUUGCGACUCUCGACGGCCACCGACUUCGAUGAAGCUGCAUUCCAAGCGCACCUGGCUCUCGGUGUCGGGUUCCUCCAGAGUCAAUCCGAAAAGUUCGCCGCUAAGGAGGACAUUGAUAUCAUUGGAUUCGUGCUCGAUCGACUUGAUGCCGAUUUCGACAGCGGAUUCAAGCUGUCCACUGGUCUGAGCAUGGAAACUUUGUGGGACGUCUUGCGGCCCAUUCCGAUCCCUGACAAGUCUACCCUCGAUCGGACCUUGGACCUAGACCAACUUGGCUCCCGAUUUGAUGCUAUCCGUUGGAAGGCAAAUGCAUCUAUUGAUGACCUAUCCAAGGCACAGCAGACUUUGAGACAGGCAUACGAAAUAGUGCGCGGUGGUAUGGUCGCAGUUGAUGGGCUGGUCAACGACCUCACAUCAGCCGUUCAGUCUCUUGAGGCCAAAAUCGGGGACGAUGAAGCAGAUUUCAAGCCCUUUUUCGCGCCGGAGUUUGAAGCGCUCAGACAGCUCUCGAUGCUGGAGCAUGAGAAGCCAGUCGGGUGGCUCAAGGGCCUUGACAUCCUGUCAAGUAUUCCCACCAAAGCUCUGAUGCUGCUCGCGAGUUCAAAAGGGGCAGCAGCCACGUUGCAGUCGAUUGACUGCCUGAGCAUGGGUGCUGUCAGCCUUCGCUCCCUUGCCCUGCUCGAAGCGGAAAUUCCCGUCAUGGGCCGAGCACUGUCUGAUCUGAGUGCUCAAGUCAUGGCGGACCCUCUCGAAAAGCUCAACGAGACACUCUGGCAGCUUAUUGUCCAGGUCCUUGCUGCACACGGCUCGCACUUCCGAGUUCUCGCGCAUGCUAUACGGGCGCAGGCAGCGAACUGCCAGAGCAUUGCCGCUCAGGUACUUCAAGACGGCCUGCCGACAGACAACCACACCUUUGAUGAUCUCGUCGAGGAAAUCGACCUUCUCCAUCUUCGGGAUAUUACCCGAUUACAUCUCAUUCCUGCAAUCGUUGGUAUCAUGGCUGCGGAGAAUAACCCUGCGCACAGAGCGCAGUUCUGCGCGCUGGCCUGGGUUCAAUUCAGUGUUGGGCUUGUGAAGCUCUAUGUUCCAGAUCGAGUCUUCGACCCCCAACUCCGGCCGCGGGCUGAACUAGAGUUCUUCCAAGAACUCCAAAGCCAGUUACAAGACAGUGUCUUGGCUCUGAAGGCAUUUGAGCAGAGCUUCACUGGCCAAGAAAUCAGCGUCCGCAUUGACCUGGUGGAGCAAGAACUUGCCGAGCUUGGUCCACCGCCGGAACAGAUACAGCCUGUCUACAGACCCGAGAUUUCGGAAAUCACCAGGCUUCAUGCCGAGUUCUCCAACAUAUUGAAGACUGUUGUUGGCCAGAGCCUGUCCUCUGCUGCUCGAUACCUCGACGCGCCUCCAGCCGGCGGCAGCGACGAUGGACUGCACCUCGUCAGGGAGAAUGUCAAGCGUCUCGUUGAUCGUCUGUCUGCACGAUUUGAUGCAUACCAAGACAUGACAAGGCCCGCCGUCAAUGCACUGCGAUGCCUUCUGGUUGGAUUGUCGCUCUGCGACACCGCGAAAGCAGCCAAACUGGAUGAAUCCACCGACGAACUUGUUAAAGCAGCACCAUUCUUCGGUGGCAGUGAAUGGGAUAUUCCUGUUGGCACGCUGUCCUCGAAAUCCUUCGAAUAUCUCGGCUUGAUGGCGGCGAAGACCGCGGUGGAGGGCACAGGCAAGCUGCCCCUGCACCACCGUGAGCAUGUUUUUGGCUGCUUCCAUAGCUUUUAUGACGACUGGAGCAAGAAGCUCGAAGCGGACCGCAAGUCAGAAGCAGCAAAGACCAGCCUUUACCGUUUCCGAGGCUCAUUGGAAGACGAAGAGGAGAUCGACGAGCAAGAAUUCAACGAGCUGUUCCCGACUUACGACGAUGAGGAUUCCAGCGUACGGCGCACCAUUAAGCCGGAUCAGGUUCGAGAUACGUCUCUAAAAGUGGCUGAGUUGCAUAAGAAGAUUUUCUUCGAGAGUCUUGAAUCGCCGGCUGCCAUCCGAGAGGCCUGUGUGGCUGUUGGCCGCCGAGUUGCCACCGAGACGUCAAGUCAACCGCAUAUCGACCGCGCGGUAAACAGAAAGUUGCUCGCCCCCACCAUGUUACUCCUCAAUGAGAAGCUGGACGAGCUGCGGGCCCCUACUGUGGAUAAGUCAUACAAUUUCUACACCGAUGCCAACCUCACUGAGGCCCGGAAGCUUGUCACACUAGCCUACCAGAUCAAGUCGCGUUUCCGGGAGCUGCAGCUUGUUGACGAGAUUGGGCACAUGCAGCCACUGGCAGACGUCGUACAGUCCUGCGACAAGCUCCUCGACCAGGUCCACGGCGAACCGCUCGCCAAGCUGCUACCCAAGGUGGAGCAGCUGCAUGCUUAUGUCUACGAGUGGCAGUUUGGAGGAUGGGCGAGCAAGGUGCACGCCGUUCUACCCCUGCACGAUGCGCUUACCGAUACCGUCAUUCGCUGGCGCCGUCUGGAACUGUCGACUUGGGCAAACUUGUUCGAGAUGGAGCAGAAGAAGUGCCAAGACGAUGCCUUUUCUUGGUGGUUCGUCGCCUACCAAGUCGUGGUUGCGGUUCCUCUGUCCAUGGUGGACUCGACGAAAGACCUCCGAGAGUACGCGCCUGCACUUAUUCAGAAUCUGGAGUUAUACUUUUCCAGCUCCAUUGUUGGCCAGUUCAAGACCCGGGUCGCCCUGUUGAGGCAAUUCCUGAACCACCUUCGCCUGUUAGCUAAGGACUACCCGAAACUGGUCAUCAUCUGCCACGCCGUCGAGAAUUUCGUCAACUUCUACGCUCGGUACGAGCCCGCGGCAGAAUCUGCCAUACAGAAAGGCCGCCAACCCAUUGAGAAGAAGAUGAAAGACGUGCUUCUCAUGGCGAGCUGGAAGGAUACCAACAUCAAUGCCCUCCGCGAGAGUGCCCGCAAGUCUCACCAAAAGCUCUUCAGAGUGGUUCGCAAAUUCCGAGGUGUUCUGGGACAGGAGAUGAAGACCAUUAUCCAGCAAGGACUGCCAGACCAGGAGCUCGCAUCCGACGACCUGAAGCCGCUUGCUCCUGAGGCAGCGGAAACAUCCCAGAAAAUGCCGGCGAUGCUGAAAGAAACUCUUCCCGGGUGGCUGGAGAAGAACCGGCGCCUAGCCAAUGCAUCGAUGACAGUGUCUGUCCUGAGAAAGAUUGCUUACGGCCCGGAGAUGACAACAAGCGCCGCCCGAACCGUUGACGAGUUUGUCGCGGAACUGGACGAAUCGAUGGCAGAGCUGCGAAAGGAGACGCCAGCAUUCUUAAAUGACGAGAACAAAGAGCAAGUCAAGCAUCUCAAGACAAGAAAACGCAAGCUUUUCGCAGACACGUUGCGAGAUCUGCGAAACAUGGGUUUGAAGCAUAACCUCGGUCAAGAUAGACUCAUGGAGCAAGCUUCAUUGGCUGUUGUUCUUGCCUCAACAGCGCCGGUCCACCACCAACAUUUCGCCGCGCUGCGAAAUGCAGAGUAUCUCUUCCACAAAACCCUCGACCUAGCCCCACGCGCCCGAGCCGCAGCACAAGAGCAUUCUGAGGAGCUGACGGGCGCUGAGAUUGGGCGGAGCAUAGGAUAUGUGGAGGGCAUGAUUCACCUUGGCCUGUCCCAGCGGACUAGCCUUACGGCGGCAACGGAGGCACUCUCUUCGCUCCAGUCCGUUUCGGACGAGUUCAUUGCGUUAGGCAAUACUGAGAAAAACCGACAACUUGCACGCCAGGACCAGAUCAACAAUUGGCCUCGCCUUCUGCCGUGGUUGGCUCAGAUGGUCAGGUUUGCUAUCAGGCUUGUCGAAGCUCACGGAAAGCUGGGACAGGCCGACAAUCAAGACGUGGUACAAGAGCUGGAGUCAUGGGCAAUUCGGGUCGAGACCCACCUAGUUCGCAUGAAAGAUCUGGGUAGCCUCCCUUCCGGCAUUGUUUCCGAAGCGCAGAACGAGCUGGAGGGGUCGGUUCUCAAGGACCUUUGCACGUUGCAGGUUACGUUGGAUGGCCUCAUAACAAGUCGACCUACCCUCGCAUUCGUUCUCCAGCAGCUCCGCGUGUGGACACAGACCGAAUCUCAACAAUCUGAUGUUCCCGCGGCAUCCAUCGAGAUCCUUGCAUUCGCCGACACGGUGUCGACCUUGACGGACACCAUUCUCGUGGCUGUUGAGUCCGCAAAGAAGAAGGCUGCCUCGGCUCCAAAGGAGGAGGAUGAAGCAGGAUGGUUGCAGAGGCACAAUGACGUCUGCUUUACAACUGUCAGCCACCUCCACAUGAAGCGCAUCGAAAAAAGCGUACGCAAUUGUAUUCAUCAUAUGCAACAACUCGACUUGGGCGAGACACGAAUCAGCUCUGCUGCAGCGAGUGUUAUUGGGCUGGCUACACCAAUCGUUGGCCAAUUCGUGGCUCUCUGCCAACAGUCCGUGGAACGAGCCAUCGAUCUGCAUAGAGCAGUUACCAACAUGGCAUAUUUCCUGACGAAGUCUUUCACGCAGAUAGCCUCGCAAGGCUUCUGUACGCCUCAGGAGAAAUCUGACGAGACAUCCGGCGAUGCAGGUCAGGUUGAGUCCGGCACUGGUCUCGGCGACGGUGAAGGUGCUGAAGACAUCAGUAAGGACAUUCAGCCCGACGAAGACCUCUCUGAGCUGGCACAAGAAGCGAACAAACAGGAAAAUGGCGAGAUCGAAGAUGAAAAGGACGCAGUGGAUAUGGCGGACGAGGAUCUCGAAGGCGAGAUGGGAAGCGUGGCUGGAGACGACGACGAUGACGAAGGUUCUCAAAAGGGGGAAGAAGAGGAGGAGAACGACAUCGACGAAGAGGCCGGUGAUGUCGACGACCUGGACCCGACUGCUGUGGACGAGAAAAUGUGGGACGGCGAUGAUGACAAGGCUGAAAAGGACCAGCAAGGCGACAAGGGCACGGGCCAGAAGCAAGACGACGAGCAGAUGGCCGCUGAUGAGGACGUGAACAAGAAUGAGGCAGAGCAAGAUCCAGAGUCCAACCAGACGGAGGAGCCCCAGGCCGAUGAUGAUGACGUCGAGGAGAACCCGGAGGAGGAAGACGUCACCGCCCAGGAGGAGCUCAACCGACAAGAUCAAAAUGUCGACGAAAAUGACGCCCUAGAGCUUCCAGAAGAGAUGGAUCUGGACUUUGAUGACCAACAAGAAGCCUCUGACGAUGACCUGGACAACUUGUCGGACAUUGAGGAAGAUCCAAAGGAGGGCGAGGAACAACACCAGGAGGAUCAGGUGGAUGAUGAAGAGGCGGACGAUGCCGCUGCCCAGCAAGUUCAAGACGAAGCGGCAGAAGAUGAGAGUCAAGUGACUGAGCCUGAGGAUGAGGGCCAAGCCACCGGAGAGGACCAAGUCGACGAAGAGCCGGAGCAAGAGCCGGAGGGUGAGGACGAAGAGCAGGAACAGCAGCAGGAGCAACAAGACCAAGCGCCCCCGUCCAAGGACAACGCAAACGCCGAUACCGACAAUGCUGCCCCAAGUGACGUCAAGAGUUCCGGCUUGGACCAGAAUGCGGACGCUAUGGAUUUGGACGAGCAGUUCCAGGCUGAAGCAGCGCAGCAGGAGCAUGGUGAGAUUGGAGAUGGCGCCGCGGAUCAAGACACCAGUGCGGGGAACAAGGGUGCCACGUCGCGGAACAACGACCGGAUCCAACAGACGGAACAGGACGCGAACGCCGAAGAGUCUGCACGCAGCGACCCGUUCCGCAAACUCGGCGAUGCCCUCGAGAAGUGGCACCGUCAGCAAGCAGAUAUCAAGGAGGCCAAUCCUGACGACGACAGGCAGCAAGCCGAGCAAAAGGCAGAAGCAGACCAAGGCCAUCAGGAGUUCCAGCACCUGCAGGACGACGAAGCCGCAGCAGACACCCAAGCGAUGGGAGCGGCCGAGGACGAAGAAGCGCAACCUAUCGACGAGUCCAUGGCAAUAGAGGAAGACAAGCAAGAUCCCUCGAGCCGAGUGAUGAAUGAAGACGUCGAAGAGAAAGCUGAAGAGCCCGACAGGAUGGAUCUGGGAGAGUCUGCGGAAGCUGAUGAGGCAAAGGCCAGUGAAGCAGACAACGAGCGAUCGGGGGUCAAGACAAGACAAGGCAACUACAACCGGGAGCCUACCCCUGAAGCGCAGGACGAUGGCGUUGUCGAGGACAAGGACGAAGAGGGCCCACUCGAAGAGACGUCGACUCAACUCUCCUCAACGCACAUCACGGACGAGCGGCCACUCCGCGACUUCGGGGAAUGCAUGCGACAGUGGAGCGAGUUCCAGACCAAAUCGCACGCGCUGUCCCUGUCGCUGACAUCACAGCUGCGACUGAUCCUGACGCCGUCGCAGUCGACGAAGCUUUCAGGCUCGUUCCGCACAGGCAAGCGACUCAACAUCAAGCGCAUCAUCCCAUACAUUGCGUCCAGCUACAAGAGAGACAAGAUCUGGAUGCGUCGAGCGAUCCCAACAAAGCGCACAUAUCAGAUCAUGGUGUGCGUCGACGACAGCAAGAGCAUGGGAGAGUCGUCGUCAGGAAGCCUCGCGAUGGAGUCGCUGGUAAUGGUGUCGAGGUCCUUGACGAUGCUCGAAGUGGGACAGGUUGGCGUCGUCGGUUUCGGAAGCGACGUCUUCACGGCGCACGAGCUGACGGAUCCGUUUGGCGCGGAUGCUGGUGCCAAGGUGCUGCAGAAGUUUUCGUUCGGUCAGGAUCGGACGGACAUUGCGCAGCUGAUCCGGCGCACAAUCGACACAUUCCGAACCGCGAGACAGCAGUCGGGCGGCAGCUCGGACCUCUGGCAGCUGGCACUGAUACUGUCGGACGGUCUGACACCGUCUUCUGCGCAUGACUCGAUCCGGCGAUUGCUGCGGGAGGCGAUGGAGGAACGCAUUAUGGUCGUCUUCAUCAUCAUGGACGACACAGGCAAGAAGAAGGGAGACAGCGUGCUAGAGCUCAAGGAGGCCAAGUUCGUCAAGGGCGACGACGGGGAGAGCAGAGUGGUGAUUGAGCGGUACCUGGACACGUUCCCGUUCCAGUACUACUUGAUUGUGCACAAUCUGGAGGAGCUGCCGAGUGCACUGGCCGGGCUGUUGAGGACGUGGUUUGCAGAGGUUGCGAUUUAG